UCCCUCCCUGCGUCGUGUAAGGUUAGAAGAGGACAGAGCUGUGAGCACACACACACACUGAGACUGUAGAAGUGGAGAGCAACAACAUGCUGCAAACUAAGAUGCAUCUUCUGCUGCUGCUGCUGAUGAUGAUGAUGUGGGAUUCUAUGGUGAUGACUGCUGCUCAGCCCCAGUGUGACCCUCUGACUCAAUAUGCGAAUAUGGAUGGCGAGUGCUGCAAAAUGUGUGUUCCAGGAACCAGAAUGUCUUCGGCCAGCACUUGUCUGGAUCCUCAGUGCCCAGAAUGUGGGGAUAAUGAGUAUCAGGAUAAAUACACACUUAACUCCAAGUGUCAACGUCAGCCCUACUGUGACCCAAAUAGAAACUUUCUGAAUCCUGUCCAUAAGAGCAAGAAGAAACAAAGCACCUGCCUGUGUAAAGAGGGGUUCCACUGCUCCAGUGAACAAUGUAUAACCUGUGUGAAACACACGGUCUGUACACCGGGGCAUGAGCCUCAAAACAUAGGAAACCACACGCAUGACACAGUGUGUCAGGAAUGCCCGAAAGGCACAUUUUCCAAUGACAACUCAUUGGACGGUGCCUGUAAGAAGUGGACAGAAUGUGAGAAUGGAUACCGUAUUCAAGAGAGCGGAACAGACGUAUCGGACAACAUCUGUGAGGCAACCUUACGAGUGCACGGCAUUGUGAUCGCUAUUGUUUCUGUGAUUGCAGUUGUAAUUGCGAUCGUAGUUUGCAAACUUUGUCUCUGCAAAGGAGAUGCAAAAGGAAAGGUAAAGGACUGUUUAGAAUCAUGUCGGGGAGAAGAAAGGGAGCAGCUGAGAGAAACCAGAGUGGAGAUCACAAACCCAACUGAAGAAGUUCAGUCGUUGAUGCCUGAGGGUCAGUCUAUACAAGAGGAGGCUGGUGCGGGGACACCGGAGGAAAACGAGGAUACGCUAAGCCAGAAGGAGUCAACCGAAGUAGUUUUUUCUGAAAAUGGAAACUAUGUGACUCAGGAGAAUGGGAAAUCGUCAAUCCUCUCCCGACAGGAAUCACAAACACAAACAUUUAGUGACUGAAAACAGCUGCUGUCACUCAGAUCAUCGCUGAUAGUAUGAAAUUAUGAAUGUAAGCUGUUGUGUACUGUUGCCCCAUGUCUCUUUUGUACAGAAUUCUCCCCCUAAAUAUGUAUACAUUAGUCCUAAGUGUUAAAAAUAAAUGUAAAUCAUAUGUUGAAAUGAUGAUGUUUUAGUGUAACAAUAUUGAAAGAUAGUGUGUCAUACUACAGUAUAUGAAUUAACCGCAUUAACUUGGGAGCAUUAUUUUAGAUUGUGGGCUCAUUUGUCACUGUGUUUGUAUUUUAUUUUAAUGUCAUCCACUUUUAUUUAAAUUCUUUACUAAAACACUUCAAUAUAUA